AAAAAUAUGAGCGGCAGAGGAAAGGGAGGAAAGGGACUCGGCAAAGGAGGCGCUAAGCGUCACCGUAAAGUCCUCCGUGAUAACAUCCAGGGAAUCACCAAGCCCGCCAUACGCCGUCUGGCUCGCCGUGGUGGAGUGAAGCGCAUCUCCGGUCUGAUCUACGAGGAGACCCGCGGUGUGCUGAAGGUCUUCUUGGAGAACGUGAUCCGUGAUGCCGUCACCUACACCGAGCAUGCUAAGAGGAAGACUGUGACCGCCAUGGAUGUGGUCUAUGCCCUGAAGAGACAGGGACGCACCCUGUACGGCUUCGGAGGAUAAACACUGACUUCUGUUAUCGACAUUAAAACGGUCCUUUUAAGGGCCACACACACAUUCUGAAGAGCUGACUUCCUUAAGGCUGCAAACUGUUAAUUUUAAUGAAAUUCUCCCUAAAAGUGUAUUUUCAAUUUUGGAGCUUCAAAUUCUUUGACUAUAGAUGAACAACUAUGUAUACUGUAUCUAUAUCCCUUCAUUAAUCACAGAUGAGAACCUUUAGACUGUCAACAUACGUUAUUUAAUGAAUUGUUGAGACUUUUGCAUUCUUAUGUACUUAAGCUAUAUAUAUGUUAAG